UUUGCUGUGUCACUGAAGCAGGGUGGACAGAGCGAUGGACAGACGGCUGUACAGGGGGAUAGAGACACUGGGCCGGGUGUGACCUUACAAUAGCGAUUAGAAUACAUGCAUGACCAGCAGGAUUCUUCCACAAUUAUGUUUCCUUCUUAUUGCCACAUUUUUGGAUGGGGGUCGUGGCCUGUUCUAUCAUCUUAGUUGUAAGCCAUAGAAGGCAAAUAAGGGGGAGGACUAGACACAGGCUCUCAUACAGUGACUGUAGGGCACCCCAGCCGCAAGUGUCACACUGCAAGCGGCAACAUAGGACAGUAGUAUAGGACUAAGACCGCGACAUCCGAUAAUUGCUUCAGUGACCAGACCGCAACAUCCGUUAAUUGCGUCAGUGACAGACCACAACAUCCGAUAAUUGCGUCAGUGACCAGACUGCAACAUUUAACAAUAGCGUCAGUGACCAGACCGCAACAUCCGAUAAUCGCGUCAUUGACUAGACCGCAACAUCCGAUAAUCGCGUCAUUGACUAGACCUGCGACAGCCGAUAAUUGUGUCAGUGACCAGACCGCGACAUCCGAUAAUCGCUUCAGUGACCAGACCGCGACAUCCGAUAAUUGCUUCAGUGACCAGACCGCAACAUCCGAUAAUUGCUUCAGUGACCAGACCGCGACAUCCGAUAAUUGCGUCAGUGACCAGACCGCGACAUACGAUAAUUGCGUCAGUGACCAGACCGCGACAUCCGAUAAUUGCAUCAGUGACCAGACCGCAAUAUCCGUUAAUUGCGUCAGUGACCAGACCGCGACAUCCGAUAAUUGCAUCAGUGACCAGACCGCAACAUCCGUUAAUUGCGUCAGUGACAGACCACAACAUCCGAUAAUUGCGUCAGUGACUAGACUGCAACAUUUAACAAUAGCGUCAGUGACCAGACCGCAACAUCCGAUAAUCGCGUCAUUGACUAGACUGCAACAUCCAUUGAUAGUGUCACCGUUGAGACAAAAAAUUAUAAAUCUGAUAACGUCACCGACUGUACAGUACCAUCCCAUAAUAGUGUAACCAGCAAGAAAACACCCCAUAAUAGCAUCAUUGACAAUACUGCAACAUCCCAUUAUAGGAGCAUUAGCCAGGUGAGACGUAUACCAUAUUAGUGUCAUAGCCCAGGUGACAUCAGAUAGCAGUAUCACUGGCUAGACGAUAACAUCCCAUAAUAGCUUCACACCCCAGCCACAAGCGUCAGUGACAGAAUUGCUGGUUGUAGCAUCGGCCUAGAAAUGAAGUCGUCUCGGCUCAUUGUGGACACAGACCUCCUCAUCAGCGAGGUUAAGAAGCGUCCGGCCGUGUACGACCAGCAGGAGGACACCUACAGCGACCGCAGCAAAAAGCAGCAAUGCUGGGAUGAGAUCUGCGCCAUUCUUGUACCAGGCUGGGAGGAGAGUAGUCAACUGGAGAAAAGCUGCAAGGCUAAAGAAAUCCAAACUCGGUGGAGGUCCUUGAAGGACUGUUUCCGAAGGGAGCUACAUCUGCAGAAGAAGGAAGCAAGGAACGGAUCAUCGCCUUCAAAACGGAAACGAUACAUGUUCUACGACCAGCUAACCUUCUUGGAAUCUACUUUGAUGCGGAGAUCAACAUCUGGAAAAACUUCGGACACUCAGGAAAGUCCUAAAUCUGAGGGCAGCGACUCGGAACCCCCACAGAGUCCAUUGCCAGAACGUGUGUCACAGAUCCCCGAACCUCCACGCACCAAGAGGAGUAAGUCAGGGGGAAGUGGCUUUGGGGACUUUGAAAGCCAAAUUAUUGGGAUGGUUGAUUCUCUAAAGAAGAAGAAUGACAACGAGAAGGAUGAAGAUUACUUGUUCGUCCAGUCUCUGCUCCCCUACUUGAAGAAAGUCCCUGAGGAGAAGAAGAUUGAUUUACAAAUAGACAUUUUGCAGCUCGUGAAAACGUACAUGCAGCCCUCGGGUUCAACACCCCUGAUGGAAUAGACUGUGUCCUCACCUCGGGCAAAUAUGUAGACAAUAAACCUGUGUCACACACUUA